GUUUUUAAUUUCACUCGCGGAGAGACUAGCUCCCUUCAGCUUUGACGUCAGGUGAGCAGCGCUCCCCUCCAUCCCGGUCCGCCUGCUGAGGUGCGCACUCGGCGCGCCGUUCGGCCCACCCGGACACUGCAGAGGACGGUACCGUGUCAUCGCUGCAGCUGCUCGAUCCCGACACCACGUCCCGCUGCAUGCGGAAGUCCCGGGCCCGAAACGAAGGGGGCAGAAGUGGGAAACGCUGAGAGCCAUGUCCGAGUCCAGCUCGCGCUGGGGGUUCCCCCGUCUGCGCCGGGCCGCGACCUCUUUUCCUGGCAAUCUUCAUCUGGUCUUGGUGCUCCGCCCCACUGGCUUGUUGAGCUCCGCCCCCAGCCCAUCCUCCAGCACUGACCUUGGAUUUCGCUUCAGCCAGGAUGACUUCCUGCUAAAGAUGCCAGUGGUGAUGCUGCGGUCAGUUGGUGAUCUCCUGCGCUACAUCGAUGAAAACCAUCUGGCAUCAGACUUUACUGCUAAAGUUGAAUACUGCCAGAGCGACUGGGUCCUCCUCCGCUCGUCUAUUGAGACGUUUGCAGUGACAGUGAAGGAGAUUGCUCAGCUUUUGCAAAGUUUUGGCUCGGAGCUGUCUGAGACUGAACUUCCAGAUGAAGCGAAUGCCAUAGAAUUCCUGGUGCACUCCCACACACACCGAUACAGACAGAUGAAGGAUGAUAUCCGUGGAGUUCUAAAAGAAGGACGCCUGCUGUCGUCAAACCUGGAAACAGUCAAAGCUGCGAAGAGGGAGGCUGAAGAAGAGAGAGAGAUACAAGCGGACAUGGAUACAGUUCGGAGGCUUCUAGCACAGCUAAGAGACAUGGAGGAGGCUUUUGAUGGUUUCUUCGAAAAACACCACCUGAAGCUGCAGCAGUACCUCCAGCUGCUGCACUAUGAAACCAGCUUCCAGCAGAUGUACGAGGUGCUGGAGCAUCUAUCUGAUCGAGAGAAGGAGAUCGCCUCGGUGGGAACAACGGUGGUCCAGACAGAGCAGCUCCUUAAAGACCUGGAAACCCUGGAUAAACACGCUCAGGAGGAGAUGUCUCGUGCCCAGGUGGUGAUCCUGCACGGUCACCAGCUGGCUGCCAACCACCACUACGCCCUGGCACUGAUCGUCCAGCGCUGCAAUGAGCUGCGGCAUCUCUGUGAUGUUCUCAGUACCGCCAUGCGCUCCAAGAGAGCCUCCCUGACACGAUCACGAGACCUGAUGCUUCGCCUCGAGGAGGCGCUCCGCUGGUGUGACGAGGCCGCAUAUCUGCUCGCCAGUCAGAUGGUGGACAAGUUUCAAACCAGAGAAGGAGCUCAAGAGGCUCUGCAGUACCUGAGCAGUCAUCAGGAGAGGGCGCCAUCUGCACUGAGCAGUCAGGACCAUCUGAGCCUGGAGUUUGAAGCCAUCCUCACGCCUCAGCUGCAUUCCCAGAUUACCAUGGUAACAGAGAAGCUGAGCACAGUCCAGUCAAUGAUAAGAAACAGAGAGCAGUGUCUGAAGAAGCUGGCGGAUGUGCAGGUUCGACCUAUACAGCUGGUGGCUCCGCGGCCUGAGCCGGACCAGACCUUAAUACGCUGCAAGUCACCUCUAUUCUCUCCUAAACAUGGUGUAGACUUUAAUGUCUUGAACUCAAAGUUCUCGUUUGACCUGCUUCCUGGCAAAAGAGCUGCAAGAAGGAACAACAGCCAACGCAAGAUUGAAGUAAUGCACGAUUACCAAGGCAACCGCAGCUGUCUGUACGGUCCCAACCCUGAGACGGAUUCAGAAGCUGAGGACAAUCCAGAGCAGGUCACACGUCACAUUAUAAAGGAACUAAUAGCCACAGAGAGGAUUUACGUGGACGAGCUGCUCUCUGUCCUACUGGGCUACAGGGCAGAAAUGGAGGACCCCUCCAUGGCUAAUCUUCUUCCCUCAGCUCUCCGCAGCCAGAAAGAUGUUCUGUUUGGGAACAUGCCAGAGAUUUACCAGUUCCACAGCAGGAUCUUCUUCCGAGAUCUUCAGAGUUGCUUGGAGACACCAGAGAGGGUGGGGGCUUGCUUUCUACAACGGAAGGAAAAGUUCCAGGUGUACGAACGCUACUGCCAAAACAAGCCUUGCUCUGAGUUGCUAUGGCGACAGUGCGCUGAAUCACCUUUCUUUCAGGAGUGCCAGAAAAAACUGGACCACAAGUUGGGUCUCGAUUCCUAUCUCCUGAAACCAAUCCAACGCCUCACCAAGUACCAGCUGCUGCUUAAGGAGCUUUUGAAGCACUGUGUGGAGGAGCAUUAUCGCUGUGAGCUGCAGGAGGCUCUUGAAUCCAUGCUGGAACUGUUAAAGUCAGUAAACGACUCCAUGCAUCAGAUAGCCAUCACUGGAUAUCAGGGGGAUCUUAGCCAGCUAGGCCGUGUAAUAAUGCAAGGGAGCUUCAGCGUGUGGAUCAGUCAUAAACGGGCAGCUGUGCGAAUGAAGGAGCUGGCCAGAUUCAAACCCAUGCAGCGACAUCUCUUCCUGUAUGAGCAUGCAAUUCUCUUCUGCAAGAGAAGGGACGAGGACAACCAUGACAGGACGCCCUUCUACAGCUUCAAAUCCUGCCUCAGAAUGAGUGCAGUUGGAAUCACAGAAACUAUAAAAGGAGAUGUGAAGAAAUUUGAAAUCAGUUACAGUGGCAGAGAAGUGGUGUACCUGAUUCAGGCUCCCACAGUGGAAGCCAAAGUCGCCUGGAUGACAGAGAUUCAAAAGAUUCUCACCAACCAGCCGAGACUGCAUCAAGAUGAGGCUCCUUCCCUUCCUGCUUCAGACAACCUCCUCUAUGACAGUUCAUCAGAGGUUUGUGUGUCAUGGGGCGGUGCGUCGGUGGAAGGCUGCUCAGCGUGUCUCCCUCUUCCUCACAGCUCCACAGCAACAAGCCACUCCCACAGGUUCAGAGGGGAGGAGUCAACCCAUUCCAGCCCUGCCCACUCCGACCCUGUGGUUCAUUCACCCCGGCGCAGUUGGCCCAUUCCCGCUCACUCUGUCUGUGAGGCUCUGGAGGACUGGGGAGCCACUGACCUCUCUGCUAUAUCCGACUCAGAGGAGGAGGAUCAGCCCACACCACUGGUGGCGGGCAGGUACAGAGUCAUGGUAGAAAGCAGCAUGGCCAGCACUGAUGACAUCAUCUUUAACUGCGGUGAUGUAAUCCAGCUCCUUCAUGAGGAUUCUUCGGGAAUGUGGGUGGUGAAGAACAUAAGUCGCGGUGAAGAAGGACGCGUUCAGAAUGAAGACUUGCACAGGAUUCUGGGAGAAACCUGCUGAGGGCCAAUUAAAACAGAGAAAUAACCUCCAGUAAAUAAAUUAAUUAAUAAUGACCCAAAUGCCCCUCCAUACAUACAGAUUAACAUAAUCCAUGAAAUAAGGAAGAAAAGCCGACUCAGCCUCAGACUUCCCUCCUCAAAAUACUACGGCAACUACACCUCAGGGGAGUGUAAACUUCAGAAGGGACCUCAGAAGAUUGUAAAAACCGAAAGCACACCGAAGCCAUUCAUCCUUCAGCAGUGAUGCAAUAGAAAAAUGUAAUUAGCAGGAAGCUGACUUUGAGAAGUUGUAUAAUUUCUAUUUUAUUAUGACAUAUCACUGACAGCGUACGUAUGCCUACUGACAAAUCACACAUGUGCCAAACAGCUACACUAACCACUGCAGAGUCAUCGAGUGUAAAAAUCAGAUUUAUUACAGUGUUGUUAUUGUAGCUGUCUUCUUUGUCAUAGGAUGUACAUGUUGUGUAUGCAAACAUGGAUAAUACACUUCAUAGCGAUAAAUGUGAACAUUGAUAGUCUUCCAGGUCCAUUCAUUUGGCACAAAUAAAAAAAAAAGGAAAUGUUUUGGGGUCAGGCAAUUUUAGGUCAUUCAGCUUGUUUUAUAACUGACAGCUACUUCAGUGUGUUUGAGUACAUUUCAUUUAAUAGACAAUCUUUACUUGUAAUCAUGCCCACAAAAACACUGUUGAGUCCCUGUGUUAAGCCCGGUUUACACUGCAGGAUAAUCAUGCCAAAUUUUAAAUUAUUUUUCAACCUUUAUUUAUCCAGGUAAAAUGUUCGAGAACUUCUUAUUUACAAACAUGACCUGGCUAGAUGUAUUGGAGGGAGUGCAAAGACAAAACACACACACACAUGCAUGCACGCACGCACACACACACACAAGCAUGCAUGCACGCACGCACGCACACACACACACACACACACACACACACACACACACACACACACACACGCACGCACACACACACAUUUACAUUUGAGCAUCUAAAAGAAGAGAAAACUGAUGACAGAGCAUGUAAGAGCAGAUAAAGGCGCACGUUCAUGAAAAGGGAGGCAUUGCUUGCAGACGUGAAUUCAGAUACAUUUGUCAGCCUCCAGAUGGUGUCGUUGGAUAAAAAAUUCCGUAUUAUAGGUUUAAAACAGAGAUUAACGUUGUGAAAAGAUUGCUCAACAGAGGUUAGGGUGAGUUGAAGUGUAGCUGCUGCAGAAGUGGGAGAAGAACCAACUGCGUACAAGAUGGUAUCAUCAUCAGCAUACAUUUGAAUCUGAGAAUUAUCUGCAGCUUUAGCAACAUCCCUGAUGUAAAUAAACAAUAGAGUUGGGCUCAAGAUGGAGCCUUGCAGUACACUUUUUGGGAAUGAUAAGUGGUUCUCAUGAGAUGUGUCCAGUCCUCGGCUGCUGGAUACAGUUGGUUAGAUAUCUAGCAAACCAGUCAGAGCAAGAAGGAGACUGACGUUAGUUUGUGUAACAGGAUAUUGUGGUUGACUGAGUCGAAAGCCUUAGCCAGAAUAAAUAAUGGCAGUUAUGAAGACCUACUUACUGUCUAAGGCAGUGAGAAAAUUAUCAACAACUUUCAUGGUGGCUUUCACUUAUCUAUUUUGAGUCCAGAAACCAGAUUGCAGGUCUGAACGAAUGUAGUUGGAGACAAGGCAGUGAAUUAAGUUCUCUAGGACUUAGACGUGGUCAUAAGGAGAUGGGUCGAUAGCAUUAAGGUCAGAGUUAGAGCAAUAUUUGAAUAGGGGGAAGAUCGUGGCUGAUUUAAAAUCUGGAGGUGGGAUGGAGAGUUGUGACGACAAAUGGUUAAUAGCCUCUAUUUAAAUAGUGCCUUCUAAGGUUAGGUGGAGUAGAUGUAUCUCAGUGACAUCCCCCUGAAUCAGUACCUUGACCAAAACAGUUUGGAGUAGAGAGUCACUGGCAAUGCACGGGCCGGCGCAUGUCACUCAGAAACUCCCCUCCAUUGUUGGUUCGUAUCAAUGCAGAAUAGAAAAACAGAAUAGAAGAAGAUUGAAAAGAUAGAAUAAAGAAAAAACGAGAAAGACAGAAUAGAGAAUACAGAAAAAAGGAAGAAAAAAAAGAAAGAAACAAGGAUAGAAAAAAAUUUGAUGAAGAACAGGUAACAGAUGUGGCGUCGUCGUGUGACGCUCAACCACACCCGAGCCGGUCUAGGCUUAACCUGUCUCCCCCAAUUCCCUCUCCUAAGUAUAGGAGAAGGAAUGGGAGAGGAAAAAGAGAUGAGCAGGCAGAUCACGCCGGAGUGUAGAGUUUAUAGGUGAAAAGUAAAGUGGGUAGAUGGCACAAACUAACUUCCCUAGUUUUAAACAUUCUUCCUAAAUCAGUACUAAUUGGCCACAAGGGGUCUAGAUUAAGAUUAGCGCUACACCUCAUGAUUAGCAUCUAGAAAGUAAGAUUGGUAAGGAUUAGAGCUACCCUUCAGGGUUAGGGGUUUAACAGGGAUAGAAAAGAACUUGAGAAGGAACAGGUAACAGAUGUGGCGUCGUCGUGUGACGCUCAACCACACCCGAGCCGGUCUAGGCUUAACCUGUCUCCCCCAAUUCCCCCUCCUAAGUAUAGGAGAAGGAAUGGGAGAGGAAAAGAGAUGAGCAGGCAGACAACGCUGGAAUGUAGAGUUUAUAGGUGAAAAGUAAAGUGGGUAGAUGGCACAAUCUAACCUCCAUAGUGUGUAAACAUUUUUCCUAAAUAAAUACUAAUUGGCCACAAGGGGUCUAGAUUAAGAUUAGCGCUACAACUCAGGGUUAGCAUCUAAAAAGUAAGAUUGGUUAGGAUUGGAACUUUAGGGUUAGGGUUAGGAUUAGGUGCAUUACAACACAACAAGUCAUUCACACACACAUUCACAUGCUGAUGGUGAUGAGCUAAAAUGUAGCCGCAGCUGCCCUGGGACCCACUGGCAGAAGCAACCCUGCUAAACAGUGGUGCCAAUGGUUCUUCUGACCACCACCAGCAGGCAAUGUGGGUUAAGUGUCUUGCCCAAGGACACAAUAACUGAGACAGAUGGGGCUUGAACCUGCAACCCUCCAGUUACAGGAUGGGUAAAUACAGUGGGGCAAAAAAGUA